AUGAAGUGCGAUUGUGAAAAUAGGAAGAGUGAAAAAUAUGUUCUCGAGAAUAUUGUUAUUUUUGAACGGUCCUUUUGGGAGAUAAUAUCAGACGAGCAUGGUAUCAGUCCAGAUGGCAAAUAUGAAGGAGAUUCAGAUCUACAACUCCAGCGAAUCAGUGUGUAUUACAGUGAAGCAUCAGGAGACCAUUAUGUUCCACGCGCAGUCUUGGUGGACUUGGAACCUGGUACCAUGGAUUCUGCCAGAUCAGGCCCUUACGGAAGACUCUUCAGGCCUGAUAACUUCGUUUUCGGUCAAUCAGGAGCCGGUAAUAAUUGGGCCAAAGGUCAUUACACAGAAGGAGCAGAAUUGGUAGAUUCAGUAUUAGAUGUGAUAAGAAGAGAAUCAGAGUCUUGCGAUAGCCUGCAAGGUUUUCAGCUCACCCACUCUCUUGGCGGAGGUACCGGUGCUGGUAUGGGCACUCUACUCCUCUCCAAAAUUCGCGAAGAAUAUCCUGAUAGAAUAAUGAACACCUACUCAGUUGUCCCUUCCCCGAAAGUAUCAGAAACUGUCGUUGAACCUUAUAACGCUACUUUAUCAUUGCACCAACUGAUUGAAAACACUGACGAGACUUUUUGUAUUGACAAUGAAGCUCUUUAUGACAUCUGCAUCAGGACUCUCAAGCUAGCUUCACCCACAUACGGGGACCUGAACCAUUUAGUGUCAUUAACUAUGUCAGGUGUUACUACUUGUCUUAGGUUUCCUGGACAAUUGAACGCAGAUCUCCGCAAGCUUGCGGUAAACAUGGUUCCAUUUCCUCGUCUACAUUUCUUUAUAACUGGAUUUGCUCCUCUCACUGCACGCCAAUCCCAGUUAUUCAGUGCACAUUCCGUUCCAGAACUCACUACCCAGAUGUUCGACUCCAAAAACAUGAUGGCCGCUUGUGAUCCUAGAAACGGAAAGUAUCUUACAGUGGCAGCCAUAUUCAGGGGCAGGAUGUCGAUGAAAGAAGUGGAAGAACAGAUGCUCGGUGUUCAGAAUAAAAAUAGUAGUAACUUCGUGGAAUGGAUACCGAAUAACAUUAAAACUGCCGUUUGUGAUAUUCCACCUAGAGGUCUCAAAAUGUCGGCCACUUUUAUCGGCAAUUCAACAGCCAUUCAAGAAUUGUUCACUCGUAUAUCAGAACAAUUCACGGCGAUGUUCAGGAGGAAGGCUUUCCUUCAUUGGUAUACUGGUGAAGGAAUGGACGAACUGGAGUUCACCGAGGCAGAAUCUAACAUGCAAGAUCUCAUUUCUGAAUAUCAGCAAUAUCAAGAGGCCAGCUGUGAAGAAGAUGGAGAGUUCGACGAAGAAGAAGGGGGCGAAAUCAUCAAUGAAGAAGACUGAAUAUAAUUCAGUGCUCUGCUUUUUUAUGUUAUAUUUUUAAGGACGAAAUAUUGUGAGUGUUUUCAAUAUAUUUUUUAUUUGCCUUCG